AUGUCCGUGGCUUUCCUAGCUGACAAAACCCAAUCCAAAAUCUCUUUGGCGGAUCUGCAAGAAGCGGCUGCAAGCUUUGGUAUCCAAAUACCGGAUGGCCAAGAGGCUGAAGAUUACCUGCAUUUGCUGCAGUCCGCAGAGGCAGUGGUCAGACAAGUUCAAGCCGAGGAUGAUUACAUCCACCCGGGACUAUCUCCAGUAUUCACUACUGCUCCCCGGAUAUUCUUUGAGCCCUCAAAAGAAGAGAAUCCUCUAAAUGCAUGGAGACACCGUUGCGAUCUCGUAGCAUCGAGUCCGUCCAGUGCGAUUCUUCGCGGCAAAACUAUUGCCAUUAAAGAUAACAUCUCCAUUGGUGGUAUUCCGACAACCAUAGGGACGUUCACUGAGCUACUAUGCUCUGAUGGAAAUCUUCCUUUGUCACCCAUUGAUGCAUCUGUGGUAUCACGAGUUCUACUAGCUGGCGCAACCAUCAAGGGAUCCUCCACCUGCGAAAAUUAUUGUGCAUCGCCGCUAUCCUAUAGUGCGGCAGCUGGACCAGUGCAUAAUGCUCGUCUGAACGGCUAUACUGCUGGCGGAAGUAGCAGCGGCUCUGCAACCCUUGUUGCCGCCAAAACACUGCAUGGGGACGAUCGGCGACCUUGUGGAGAGACGGUGGACAUUGCAAUCGGUGGCGAUCAGGCUGGGUCGGUCCGAAUCCCGGCUUCGUAUAGUGGGAUUUAUGGAUUGAAGCCCACUUAUGGCCUGGUUCCAUAUACUGGAGCUGUACCACUAGCACCAAUGAUUGAUCAUUUGGGCCCGAUGGCCGGCAACCUUGAAGACAUUGCCAUGUUACUUCAAGUGAUGGCUGGGUACGACGGUAUCGAUCCUCGAAUGACUCCCGAAUCUCCUCUGAAAAACCAGGUUCACGAUUAUCCAAAAGACUUGCGGGAUUUUAGGUUACGUGUUCGAGAAGGAGGGGAGGGUCUGGGGGCCGGGUUGAAGAUUGGAUUGCUCGUCGAAUCUUUUGAGGUCCUUGGGUUAUCAGAUGAGGUCCGCGACGUUGUGCUUGAGGCAGCCCGGCGCUGCUUUACGGCAGCUGGAGCCGAAGUAAGGGAGAUUUCGAUCCCCAUGCAUCGACAGGGAGCUCUCAUUUGGACAGCUUCGACCAGAAUGUCAAUGUCUGAAUGGGCAUGCCAAGGAAAAACGUCGGGGUUUUUGUCCUAUUUACCCCCGCAUAUUCAAGCUCGUUGGCCUCCAGACCAGAGAAUGUACGAGUUAUUGACGGCGACUAAUCCAGCAGCAAUGAACAUGAUGCUUAGUGGCCAGUUUCUCCAGAAAAACUUUGGUCCGACCGUUGAGGCCAAGGCCCAUCGUCGCGUAUUUGAGCUUCGGGCGGCUUAUGACAGCGCGUUGACGGAGGUAGAUAUUCUGGUUACACCAUGUGCGCCGACCGUGGCUAUGCCGCAUCCAAAAAUGCAGUUUGAUUCCCAGGGCCCUGGCUCCAGUGUCAUGGGAAAGGUAUCGAUCGCUGUAGGGGUCACUAGCAACACAGCGCCAUUCAAUGUCACUGGGCAUCCGGCUCUGAACGUACCCUGCGGAUUCGGCUGUGAUGGAAAUCAACAGGUAAAACUGCCGAUUGGCAUGCAGCUUGUCGGGAGGAGAUGGGAAGACGCGAGGGUUCUCAAGGCAGCAGCGUUGUUUGAGGAAGGUGGGAAAGUCGCGCCUGCCCCAUUCAACUAA